AUGAAAAAUUGUAAACUCACUCCCGAAUUGAUCUGUGAAGAAUUUGAAGGUUUAUUGCAACCUGAGAGAAUUUUAAAUGUCUACGUGUAUGGAAGUAGAUUGUAUGGUAAAUCGGCCGAUAAUGAUUAUUAUACUAUCAAUCAAGAUUCGGAUUUUGAUAUCAUGCUUGUUUAUGAUUUUGAUAAUUUUCAGGCACCACAAAAGUUGACUUUCCUUUCGAAUCAGAAGGAGAAUAGAAAUUCAGAGUUUUUCCAAUUGGAAAUUCCUCUGUGGAUGAAGAGAAGAGAGAGUUUAAUUGAAAAUAGUGUGGAAAAUUCGAAUAAUGCAUCAGAAAAUCUCAACGAGAUUGAGAAAUUCACACCACACAUGGAGAGGCAAACACUUGAGAAUGGUGAAAUUAUUUACAAUUUCAAACAGAAACAAUUUGGAGUGGAUAUGUGCAUUUAUACAAGAGAGCAAUUUUUGAAUCAAUUGAAGAAACAUCAAUUUUCUGAAUUGUUGGGUUUGUUUUUGGAGAGAAGCGAUGAAGAUUAUCACAGUUUUAUAUUGAAAAAGACAGUUGACUUUUCUGAAGAGUUUGAAAAGAGUGGAGUUGGAAUUCAGUUGAGUAAAUUGAGAGCUUCGCUUAGUCAAUCAGCGUCUAUGGUGUGGAAAUGUUGUAGAUCCAUGAUGGAACACAGAUUGGAUUUAGAUCCUCCAGAAGUAGAAGUAUUCAAAGGCAAAAAGACACUUAUUCACACUCUCAGAGUUUAUCACUAUGGAAUUCAAAUUGCCAAGUUUGGAAAGAUUGUGGAUUGGCAUGAAUGUGACAAGUAUUAUGAUGCAAUAUUCAAACAUCCAGAAAAAUUAGACUUGCCUUACAUGAUGAAUUUAGAAAUCUUUGUCCAAAAGAUGAGACACUAG